AUGGCGGCAGGCUGUGAGGGAAGCAGUGAACUUAAUGCCAACAAAAUUGAAUCCACUCAUAAUGAAGUGAGGAAGAUUGUGCACAGAGAUAUCGAACGAGAACCAAGGAAACAAAUGGUCUCCCUUCUUUCCAACCUUCCAUCUUUGCUUCCUCUUCAACUUGUAGAGGGUAGGCGUACAAGAGCUGAUAUUGUGGAUGAGGCUGUGAAUUAUAUUGAACACUUGAGAGGAAAGAUCAGCGAGCUUCAUGUGAAAAGAGAUGCUGUGAAAAGAGAUGCAAUAAAGGGGCUGCAUUUGGCCGAUGAAAGUUCGGAUCUUUGUCCCUCAAGUUGCAUUGUGAUUAAGCCAUAUUCGUGUGGGUUGGAGAUUGUGAUAAGCAUCUUUAGAGAGCAAAAUUUGGAGCUUUCAGAAGUGAUGAAGGUUUUACUUGAAGAAAGUAUUGAAAUUACGAGUUGUGCUUCCACCAAAGUGAAGGAAAGGAUGCUGCACACCAUUCAAACAAAGGUAGAUGAUCCAACGAGGAUUGAUGUACAUGAACUGCAACAAAAACUGUAUCAAGUUUGCACUUUUGUGUCAUUUGGUGCUUAA